AUGUCCGAGACCGCUCCCGUUGCCGCGCCCGACGUCGCUGCCGCCGCUCCGGCCCCGGCCAAGGCUAUGGCCGUCAAGAAGCCGAAGAAGGCGGCGGACGGCUCCAAAGCCCGCAAGCCCGCCGGCCCCAGCGUCACCGAGCUGAUCACCAAGGCCGUGUCCGCCUCCAAGGAGCGCAAGGGGCUCUCUCUCGCCGCGCUCAAAAAGGCGCUGGCUGCCGGCGGUUACGAUGUUGAAAAAAGUAAUAGCCGCAUCAAGCUGGGGCUGAAGAGUCUGGUCAGCAAGGGCACCCUGGUGCAGACCAAAGGCACCGGCGCCUCCGGGUCGUUCCGCCUCAGCAAGAAGCCUGGAGAAGUGAAGGAAAAAGCCCCCAAGAAGCGGGCGGCCGCAGCCAAGCCGAAGAAGCCGGCGGCCAAGAAGCCUACCAGCGCCGCGAAGAAGCCCAAGAAAGCGGUGACAGCGAAGAAGAGCCCCAAGAAAGCUAAGAAGCCGGCGGCCACCGCGACCAAGAAAGCAGCCAAGAGCCCCAAGAAGGUGACUAAGGCUGCCAAGCCCAAAAAGGCAGCGGCAGCAGCGAAGAGCCCGGCCAAGGCGAAGGCGGUGAAGCCUAAAGCUGCCAAGCCGAAGGCGGCCAAGCCCAAAGCGGCCAAGGCGAAGAAGGCGACCCCCAAGAAGAAGUAAGUGGUCCUGAAAAAAAUCUUGUCUGCCUUGCAGAUAAACCCAACGGCUCUUUUAAGAGCCACCCACGUUGUACUAAAAAGAACUGAAACGCUUUUUUUUUACGAG